AUGGUCGGCUCUAAACCAACGGAAAGCUUCUUUGAAAAAUUUGAAACCGUGGGGGGUGAUGAGUGCGGCACCUAUGAAAUUACGAGCCUAGGCAUAGUUCUUUCCGAAGGCAAAUGUAUUCCUCUCAUUGGCGUCAGCAACUUUGAAUGCCACAAAAACCAAGCAUUUCACUUGCAUUCCUGCAUCGAUGCCGCGUCACCCCCCUUUGACUGUGAUUUCUCGCCGCGUGAGUUGGAAACUGAUUUACCCAUAACACAGCUACUUUCUCCAGGUGCACCUAGUCUGCUGCUGGUCGCCAAAGAAGACGGGCUGGUGCAUCUCUUCGACACAGAACAGCUUGGUGUCAAAUGGGUCACUCAUGCCGAUCAAUUCCUCACUGCUUCCGGUGACCAAACCAUUAAGCUGAUUGAUUCAGAAACUGGUUCGGUCGUCAGUGUUUAUGUUGGUCAUACGAUGUCUGUCCGCUCCCUCGCCCUCUCUCCUGAAGACCACCAUAUUUUUGCUUCCGCUUCGCGAGAUGGUUCAGUUCGCCUUUGGGAUAUGCGAACACAGAAUUCUGAAGGCGUAGGCAGCUCUGCCCACAUCCAAGGAUGCCAUCUCCCUUCCAUUGAGUCAUCUUCCCGCCGUUCUAGGUCGAAAUCACGAAAGUCCAUGACUGACUCUCAGAGUGUCACCUCUGUCGUCUUUGCCAGGGAGUUCGAGUUAGUCUCCACGGGUUCUACCGAUGGAACGAUAAAAAUUUGGGACAUUCGAAAAAUUACGUCGUUGAAUAAAAUACAGCCGCAACCCAUAACUUCCUUGCCUUACAAUGGAAUUUCUCGGAAACAGUGUGGCUACUCGGACCUGGUUUUGGAUUCAAACCGAAGGCGACUCUACGCUAGUUGUCUGGAUCAUGCUAUCUAUGAGUACGAUCUUACUUCUACCUCGACUAGACCAGCCCUUCUCUACACUGGCCAUCUCACAGGGUCUUUCUACAUCAAACUAAGCCUCAGUCCUGACGACGCCUAUCUGGCUUGUGGCAGUGCAGACAGUCGGGCGUAUAUCUACCGGGUGGGUGCGCGCACCCAGCGUCCCUUUGUACUCUCCGGCCACACCGGCGAGGUCUCCGUGCCGCGCUGGUCAUUCCACGAUCCCACUCGCUUGGUCACGCUGUCGGACACCGCUCAGCUUUUCGUCUGGCGAAUGUUCCCCGCCAGGGAGUACACGAUACCGGAGGCGGGACAGUUGAGGGGCUUGACUGAGUGUCUUUCCCAACCAACGGUCACUGCUGAGCAUCAGAGAAGCCUCCUCGUUCCCGUUUCAACACGGUCCACAGCAGUGGUAUUGGCAACAAAGUCUUCGCCAAUUUCAUCAAAAUCUGGAGGUGAUGCGCUCGACUCAUUCUCUUUACUGGCUAAACGUAGAAGGCAGUUGAAUAUUCGAGACUUCUUGAUGGAUUUGCCGCAGGCCGGUGGUGUGAAUGGUAGUAACCUUAUUGACAAUAGCGGCGGUAGUAACAACAACACACAUUCGUCCACUCUCUCUCCUAAGGGCAAUACAGUAGACGCGGCACCAGAGAUGACGCUCACCUCCUUUGUCUCGGGCUCACAAGUCAUUCAACCCUAUCCAUUUCCUCCGUCCAUCACUACUGCCGCUGUCGCCGUUGCUACUUCUUCGUCAUCACCAACUCCAUCGCUGUCUUAUAAAUGCAAUAGUGACGCCAACCCCCCACUCUGCAAGUUGAAAGUUAAGGUUUAA